AUGGGCCGUAUCGUCGUCAAGGUGUACAUCGUCCGCCAUGGAGAGACGGACGAGAAUCGGAAGGGUAUCAUGCAGGGACAGCUGGACACACAGCUGAAUGCUGCCGGUGUAGAGCAAGCACAGAUGGCGGCGAACGCGUUAGAACGAGUGCAGUUCAAGAAGGCAUUCAGCAGCGAUCUAGAUCGAGCAGUCAAGACUGCAGAGAUAAUCAUCGCAAAGCAUCCAGGUGUAGCUUUGGAGACAAAGGCCGAGUUACGGGAAAGACAUCUCGGUGAUUGGCAGGGACAGACAAUCACCACACGGGGCUCAACGGCCCCAGCAAAUGCGGAGCCCGUCAGCGACUUCAGCUUGCGAGCUGCGCGAUGGUGGAAGACAACGAUUCUGGGAUAUGCCCAAUCCGCGCUUUUGAAUGGAGAAGAGCGAACAGAUCCUGCUUGCGUGUUGGCCGUGUCCCACGGAGGCUACAUUUCCCGAUUAAUCGCAAACCUAGUUGAGUUAGAUGGGGUUAAGGUCGCAGAGGGUGUCGCGGUGAAUUCGAAGUGCUGGAACGCGUCGAUCUCGGUCAUCGACAUAUACGAGGAUGGGGAGAGCGAACUAGUGACUUAUUCAGAUACGACGCACCUCAAGGUGGACCUUGUCCAGACAAAUGCGGAUGUCAUCACGGAUAAGUAGACCAUAGAAUAGAAUUCUAGAAAUAGAGACAUGAAGUAGAGGUCGGUAGCAU